UCCAGAAAGUGCGAGGGCGAUUACGCAGGGAAGUGGGGAGGAGGCGGGUGGUUGGAUGCUGUCGGUUUACAUAACCUAAACAAUUUACUGUGAUUUCUUUAAAAAGACUAAGUGUUAUAUACCCACACAAUUAAACCAUCAAAUAUUAUCGCUGUGUAGGUUGAAUAAGUUAAGGUUUUGUUGCUUUUGAAGGGAGAGAAGUAAAAGCAAAGAUUCACUGAAGGGGCGCGCGGCAUAAUAAAACACUCUUCUGCAUCCUCCCCGGACAGACAGUCGACUGCGGUGCUGCAGUGAUAAUCACAGUCGGUGAUUGAGGGAGUCCUGUCCUGCUGCUCACCAGCAGCUGAUUACUGACCGCUUGCAGACGGGAUUUACAAUCACUGGCCAGAGAAUGAGUGGUGAGGAGAACCCUGCUGCUGAACCUGCGCCUGUGAUAGACGUGCAGGGAGAUGGACGUUGGAUGUCACAGCAUAACCGAUUUGUGCAGGAGUGCAAAGAUGCAGAGCCUGAUGUUCUGUUUGUGGGGGACUCCAUGGUGCAGCUUAUGCAGCAGUACGAGGUGUGGAAAGAACUGUUUUCACCUCUUCAUGCUCUGAAUUUUGGGAUUAAUGGAGACACAACCUCUAAUGUGCUGUGGAGGCUGCAGAAUGGAGAACUGGAGAACAUCAGACCCAGGGUGGUGGUUUUAUGGGUAGGGACCAGUAAUCAUGAGAACACGGCAGAACAGGUUGCAGGAGGAAUAUUGGCCAUUGUACAGCUAAUUCUCUCUCGCCUCCCUAAUUCCAAAAUUAUUGUUUUGGGCCUAUUGCCAAGGGGAGAGUUCCCUAACCCCUUGAGAGAGAAAAAUGCAUCGGUGAACAAUUUACUUCGUGCAUUUAUUCCUCGACUCGUCCCAGUACAGUUUCUCGAUGCAGGAGGUGGUUUUGUCCACUCAGAUGGAACUAUUUCCUCUCAAGACAUGUUCGACUACCUACAUCUGACCGCUGGUGCAUACAGGACCAUAUCGACAACUCUCCAUGAGCUGCUGCUUCAACUACUGGAGGAAACGCCUCAGGACAGGCGGGCCUCACUGGUCUAAGAUGGGGGGCACUUCAUUGGUCAAUCACUGGAGAGGCAGGGUUAAGAAGUGUUGAAUAUGCAGAAUGUACUUGACAUACUUUAUUUAGAAAGACAAAGUAAAUUGGAAAGUGACCGUUUGAUUUGACAAAACAAAAAGCGGAUGUAUGGCCAGUUUUACUUGACCAAUAUUAAGUGUUUAUAUGUAUCUAAAAUGCAUAAUCAAAAACAGUAGGAGAAUGAAGAAUAAGUGGCAAAUAUUUGUGACUAAAAGAGAGAAAAACAAUCGGUUUCUUAGGACAUGUUGCUUUGCGUGGGACCAGAAUAUCUUCUAAAUCUCACCAUCACUGUCUGAACAACCAUUAAUUGUAGCACUCACUCUGCCAGCUUCUCUGUGCCUUCAUACACUCAGUCAGUCACACUCACAGUGGUGUUAUGAUGACCGUAACUUAACUUGCUCCCAUUUAUACUUUAGUUAUUUCUUGGUAUACACUGCAGAUGCGUGUGAAACUCUCUGUUCUGCAAUAUAUUUCUCUUGCCAUUUCAUUUGUUCUCAGUAACAAAAAUAGUAACAUAAUAUACAGAGUGGACUGGAGAUUGCAAACCAUGUCAUACCGUGUGUGUGUUUGAUUGAAAAUCUCAUAUUAAGCAUCUAAUGCACAACCAUAGUGUUAAUAUUUAUCCCACAUGCUCUGCAUCCAUGUUAUUGUGUACAGUAUUUCUCCAUGUGCUCUAUAAAGUAUUAUGUGAAGUAUGUUUGAGUGUGAGAGUGAGCAAGACUUGAUACACACACACACACACUCACUGGUGGCCAAAAGUUUGGGAUAAUGUACAGAUUUUGCUCUUAUGGAAAGAAAUUGGUACUUCUUUUCACCAAAGUGGCAUUCAACUGAUCACAAUGUAUAGUCAGGAUGUAAAUAACAUGAAAAAUUACUAUUACAAUUUGAAAAACAAAAAAAUGUUCAGCACUUCUUAAACUACUUCAAAGAGUUCUCAUCACAAAAUGUGCAGCAAUGACAGCUUAGCAGAUCCUUGGCAUUCUAGCUGUCAGUUUGUCCAGAUACUCAGGUGACAUUUCACCCCACACUUCCUGUAGCACUUGCCAUAGAUGUGGCUGUCUUGUUGAGCACUUCUCACGCACCUUACAGUCUAGCUGAUCCCACAAAAGUUCAAUGGGGUUAAGAUCCAUAACAGUCUUUUCCAAUUAUCUGUUGUCCAUGUCUGUUUCUUUGCCCACACUAACCUUUUCUUUUUGUUUUUCUGUUUCAAAAGUGGCUUUUUCUUUGCAAUUCUUCCCAUAAGGCCUGCACCCCUGAGUCUUCUCUUUACUGUUGUAAAUGAAACUGGUGUUGAGUGGGUAGAAUUCAAUGAAGCUGUCAGCUGAGGACAUGUGAGGCAUCUAUCUCUCAAACUAGAGACUCUGAUGUACUUACCCUCUUGUUUAGUUGUACAUCUGGCCUUCCACAUCUCUUUCUGGCCUUGUUAGAGCCAGUUGUCCUUAAUCUUUGAAGAAUGUAGUGUACACCUUUGUAUGAAAUAUUCAGUUUUUUUUUGGCAAUUUCAAGCAUUGUAUAGCCUUCAUUCCUCAAAACAAUUGACUGAUGAGUUCUAGAGAAAACUGUUUCUUUUUGCCAUUUUUGACCAAAUAUUGACCUUAAGACAUGCCAGUCUAUUGCAUACUGUGGCAACUCAAAAACAAACACAAAGACAAUGUUAAGCUUCAUUUAAUGAACCAAAUAGCUUUCAACUGUGUUUGAUAUAAUGACAAGUGAUUUUCUAGUACCAAAUUAGCUAUUUAGCAUGAUUACUCAAGUAUAAGGGGCCUGUCUAGACUUGAUCAAAAAUUACUUUUUUUAAAUAGUGAUGGUGCUGUUGUUUUCAUCAGUAAUGUCCUGACUAUACUUUGUGAUCAGUUGAAUGCCACUUUGGUGAAUUCAAGUACCGAUUUCCUUCCAAAACAGCAAAAUCUGUACAUUAUUCCAAACUUUUGGCCCCCUGUGUGUG